UACUUUAAAAAAUAAGGCCGAAGAGUUUUGUAGAAUAUUAGAUUUUUAACUGAAGAUAACUAUAAACUUCUACAAAGCUUAUCUUUUCUUUUGUCGACCUACAGAGUUUAAAUAUUUUAUAAUAUGAUUAUUUGUGUUUGUUAUUAUCCUUUCCAUAUUCUGUUUCUUCCUAUGCCUCUCUCUCUCGGUGGUGGAGCAAGAAAAAAGUUUUAUCCGGGGCAAUGUAAUAUUUCAAUUUAAAUUCAUAAGGGGCAUGUAAAAAAUUUUACCAUUAAAUCAUAGAAUUCUCAAAUAAAAAAAAUAAAAAAAAAUGAUUUGAAUAUUCCAUAGUGGGCAUCUGCCACCCUUGCUCCUUCUCUCUCGGCCACUGGUUGAUCUUCUUCUUUUUGCUUUUGAUCAACAUUUUUGUCCACUUUCCAUUGGUCUUUUACCGUUUCAUCUACAGUUAGAUUUGAGUCUUUCUACCAUCUUCAAGCCAAACUUAUUUUUUCCUCUAUAAUUCUAUUAUAGAAUAAGUUUUGUUCUAAUAGUUGAUUCUACAAUAGAAAAAUAGAAGAAUAUCAUUUUUUUCAUUCAUUUUUGGAGUGAAAAAGUGAUACCUUUCUAUAUUCUCCUCUAUAAUAGAUAUAAUAGAGUAAAUCUAUUUAAAAUCAAUUAUUGGAGCGAAACUUACUUUAUAAUAGAGUUACACUAUUUUAGUAGAAAUUAUAAAAGAAGAAAAAUAAAUUUGGGUUGAACAUACCCUUAAUUGGCAUCUUAGUUGGGUCACAAAAUUUACGAUGCACUAGUUAUAGAGUAGAAACCGUUAUAUAUCUGGGCAUCUUGAUACUUUUACAAUGUGUUUUGUUAGCAGCAAUUACAUUUUUUUAACUAUAAUGAAUACAUGAGCAAUAUGUAAUACUUUCAUAAACAUGUUCCAAAUCAAUAAACUAAUAACAACAAACUUUAAUCAUUACUCUCAAUUUUUUUGAACAACCCAAUACUUUUGUUGAUUUUGUAAAAUGAUGAUUCCAAUAACUUAAAUUGUUAUAAACUUUUAACUACUUAUUGCAAGUUCAUAAACUAAUAACAAAAGAUUUUAACAUAAUUUUGAAGUGUCUUUUAAUUGAAGAACACUAGAAUCAUUAUAAAAUCUAAAUCUAUAUAACCCUUUAUAAAUACACAAUAACAGUUUUGAAAUUAUUAAAUGCCUGCAACUUGUAUUAUUGUAAGUUUUUUGCUGCAACGACUUAUUGUAGUGUAAAACGUACAUGUGUUAAUUCGAUGUUGUUACGUUUUGACUCUCAAACUGUAACCCUCAGACUCAAUUUAGGUUACUCAUUCGUAUUUUACUCUAUAAAUUGUUUGCUUCUUUAGAUACCUUAAAACAUUCCAGUUAAGAAACUAUAUCCUCCACAAAAAAACAUAAAAACAGUAGACACCAUAGAAGGUAGGAUCCAAGCUCUAGUAUCAAUGAUUCUGAUGGUGACACUAUGUGCCACUAUACUAUUGCAGCCGGGCUUGGCCGACGUGCAAGUAACACCUCAAUUUACUUCCUUUCCUGGCUCCCCUAUAGAUCUCACAAAAUGUUGGUCAUCUCUCUUCAGUGUUGAAGAUUGUGUAAUUGACAUCUACAAGUUUUCUGUAACUGGUAAGUUUGGUAUUAACCAGGCGUGUUGCAAGGCGUUUAUGGAUAUGGAUGAUAAGUGUUGGCGAAAAAUGAUUCCGUUCAAUCCAUUCUUUCGUCCUCUUCUCAAGAAUAGUUGCUCUCGUAUCAACGGAGUUGUUCUCACACACACCACACCUCAUCAAGUCCCUACCAUUCCUUGGGUUUCUCAUCCCGGUUCUCCAGUCGAUCUCACAAAAUGUUGGUCAUCACUUACCAGUGUUCAAGGUUGUGUAACUGAAAUCUACAAAUCAGUGUUCACGGGAAAGUUUGAUAAUGUUGGACCAAUGUGUUGUAAGGCAGCUUCGGCUGUGGAUGCGAAAUGCUGGCCACAUAUGUUUCCACUAAAUACAUUCUUCCCUCGUCUUCUCAAAGAAAGUUGUUCUCGCAUCAUCAAUGAAGCAGAACCUACGGACAAAUGAAGUCAGUAACAGAAGAAAUCAUGGGAAAUGCUUUGGGUUAAGUUACUUACAGCUUGUACUUCAUACUUUCAAUAGUUUAUGUAUUCCAAUGAAAUUAUUUAUUUUAAAAGAACUAAUUCAAAAACUAUAUUGUCAAAAACUCAAACCAUAGAUCAUCACAUUCUGAUCUAGCAGUCUUAGAUCUUCCUUCCACCAAGACUAAGGCUAACUCGAGCUGUAUGCUUAUAGAACCUAUCAUGUUCAAGUAAAAUCGUGCCAAUAGCCAUAUAAACGAUGUGGGAUACUUCAUACCAAUAACAAAUGUUAGAAGUAUUUUUUUUUUGGGAAAUUUUAUGUUUACCACUUUCAUGGUACCACUUUUCAUCUUUACUACCACUAAAGAGACAUUUUCAAAAAUAUCUU